GGAGGGGGGGCCAUCCAGCGGCGCGCCCUCGCUAAUAUGCCUCUUUAUACACUGAGGUUGCCCAUCGCUGUCUUGGAGCCUCUGGCGCCUGAUGUCAGCCCAGUUUGUUGGGCGUGCCGCUGUUAUCACACAGUCUACACCGCUGUCCUCCUCUCAUCAGAGGAGAAGAUUACAAUGCGACGAAGCGAUUAAAACGUGUCCGGUGGGCUGCAGCGUCCCAUUGGGAAGUGGAUGAUUGAAAACGCAUUCCCAGUUCAUCGUCAUCCUCGCCAGAGAGGCCACAAGGCCGCAGCUAGCGACCCAGACGAGAAAUUGCAUUUGUUUCAUCAUCCCUGCCCAAUGUUUUGUGUACGCUAUCGCUUGGUCUGUCGCAUCACCGCUGCCGCUGCCCGUCCUGGAUGGCCCUCGUCGCCACGGCUGGGAUUUCUUUAUUCGACGUUGUGGUCCGAACUCGCCCAGGGGCAGGUCUGGGGAAGGCAGGCAUCGGUACCUGUCUGCUCCACCGGCGUCGACCCUCCGAUGCCCCGAGGUGGAGUUUGACUCGAAGGACCCCCAGGCGCUGCGCACCAUGGGCACCGGUCUGACGGCGACGACCCGGAAGGGGACCGUGGCCGUCAGGAUCGGAUGAUCGGGAUGAACGGCCACAGCCUCGUCCUCGCGUCCACCCACGGCACCGAGGGCGUGCGCGCCAAGGAGCGGUCCGCGCAGUGCCCGGCCGGCAGCGACGAGGCAGAGGGCGGCCUGGCGGAGGAGAGAGACGCCGCGUCGAGGACUUCCGCACCGCGCUCGGGCUCAUCGGCGAGCUUCGCGGGGGCGGCGCAGGCGUGCUCUGGGGCGGCGACUUCAACCCCCGCACGGUGGAGCCGAGUGGGCCCAGGGCGGGCUGCCCCGUGUGGCCGAGGGGCGCCGCCUUCGCCGUUGAGGACCUCGCACGCCUGGAGAGCGGCCGUGACAUCUCGGCGGCGAGCUGGCAGCCUCGUGACCUUUUCGUCGCUGCUCGAGGGGUCGGGCCUGUCCGAGGCUCGCGGCCUGAGGUGCCCCACCUACAAGAAGCAGAAGGAGAGAAGCCGUCCACGGAUCCAGACAAGGCCCAGUUCCAGUGCGCCGAGGAUGGGCAUACGAUGCACUACAAGGCCUCCCACCCACCCUCCUGGACCGAUCGGGUCUUCCACAGCGCGGCGGUCACGCCCUGGCUGCAGUGCGGCAAGCUGCACCGCAGCGUGCACGUUGCCGACCACGACGCCGUGCUGGUCACCUGCAGGGUCCAGCCGGGGGAGUCGUGCGGCGGGCAGAAAGCCAAUGUCGAGGAAGAGGAGGAGGAGUACGCACGCUGCUGUUGCCAGGGAGCGAAAGGGGAAUGUAGACUGAUGGGGGAGGACGAGCUGAGAACCAACUGGAAGCCUUGGAAGUGGGGCAAGAAGGUCUGCCCGGGCGGCAGGGGCAAGUGGCAUUAUUGGAAGAAGUAUCACGCCCACAUGCCCGAGACAUGCUUGGACGAGCUGGAGGGAGUCGUCGACGAGCAGCCAGCCCCGUCUUGAAGCGAGUUAGUAGAGAAGAGUCGUCAUGUUUGAAGGCUGAAUUUACUAAACCGAAUGAAUUCUUCUAUCCGCCCCAAUUCCGCGGCGAUGUGCGGCCAGCGCGCUCCAAAGCGUGUGUCCUCUCCUGGCUGGCGCAAGUAGGCAGUGAGCACGACAACCACCGCGCAAGGGUCCGACUCUAUGCGGCGUCAUCGCUCCGGCUCGACGCGAGCACGGGGCUCGACAGUGCAGGGCCUUUUCCUGCACGCGGGAGCACUGGUGCCCACAUGCGCCCUCCUGCGGCCUCUCCGGGCGCGCGAGCUCGUGCGAGAGAGAGGUGUCUAGUCAGAGAGGGCAAAGGUACCGAUCCCGCUACCUUUCCCUCGCUUCCCUGGGGAAAGGAUGAG